CUUCCGUUAUGACGUCACUUCCUGUCACUUUGACCAACACAGGUAUUGCCACUUGAACUUAACUUCAACCCGGACAUUUAUGCAUUGAGGUUUUUGCCUGUCAUUGGUGUAGAUGAAACAGUCCCCAGACAUCCCAGAUGCCACAGCCACCAGCCGUAGAGACUCCAGACACUGUAACGCUGAGCUUCCUAACACCACUCUGGGAGGAAUGUGAGAAAAUGUCUGCGGCAGCUGACAGGACGACCCAACUCCUCACAGAGCUGAAGGUGUGCACGAAUGCCUGUGCACAGAUCUCACGACUCAUGGUCACAUCGUCUUGGACUCCUGUGGUGAAAAAGUGUAGCUGGGUGCUCGGACAAUGCAACCACAAGGCGCUCAAUCAGCCCCACCAGGAGGGUCAAUGUGUCACAAGGCUCUCGCUGACAUCGUCAUGAACAGGCGGUGGUUGAAGACUGUACUCAAGUACCUGACCAUCAGGAACCAACGGGAACACGGGGGAGAACAUGCAAUCUCCACCCUGCCCGUAGCGGGGAUCGAACCCACGACCUUCAUGCUGUGAGACAACAGUGCUAACCACCCAAGUGAUGUUUCAAUAGGAGUGCCGUCUAAGCCUUCUAUUUUCACAUUUGUGCCAGUGGUGCAGAAAUUACCGAUUGAAAGGAUUGUUACUGAGGAGGAGAGAUCUGGAGCUCCGACAGGAAAACCAACUAAGAACUUCGCCGUGUCCCAUGAGAAGACAAGCGGGGAGACCAUGUCGGACAGGGAGAUUUUCAAAGCCGAGAUAGUCGUUAUCAAAGACUCUGCAGAGGGAGGAGCAGGAAACGCGACCCAACCAGGGACAAAACUUCAACCUUCACUGGAUCGCGUGAGCCUCUCUCAAACCAAAGCCUCUAUUUCAGUCUGGGAUCAGUCUGAAAAUACCCCCAACCACGUCGCUGCCGGGACAGCCUCUAUGGAAACAGCUGUUGAUAAACACAGGGGCAUUUCCCAGCGGCAGCGUCCCGAUACCUCUGGACAUGCUGAGGUUAGCUUGGGUUACUUUGUAAAUAGAGCGUCUGUGUCAGAAGACCGAAUAAGCCCCACAAACUCCGCAGAUCUGUUCCCCACCCCGGCUUCCUCCAGAGAGUCCAUCCUCUCAGAGGGCUGGGACGGAGAGAAGAGCUGGUCGGCUGCGCAGCUUUCCUCCGUCACCUCUCCUGUCUCUUUCAGCCGCACUGUUUCUCCCUGCUCAUCUGUCCGCUCUGGCGUCUUCUCCCCCGCUGUCAUCCACAUCAAGAGACACUUUCUCGCCCCUGGCUCCAGUCUGGUUCACACCCCCUGUUUCUCAUCCUGCGAGAGCCUGUCCUCCUCCGUCUGUCCCCAGUCCCCUCCUCCACCUCCCCGGCACCGGCCUCCUCUCACCCGACUCGCCCUCCUCACUGCCAUCCUAAGAAAAGGCCGCCUUCCUGUCCUGUCCUCUGCUGUACAGAGGCCUUACACCCCCUGCUGGCCUGUUAACCCUGUGACCCUGUCUUUCUGUAAUGCAUGCUCGGCAGCCUCCAGUGUGGCUUCCAUUCCACUUGAGUUUUCCUCUCGGUUCCCCUCAUCAGUGUCUAUAGAUAGUCAGAGCCACGUUCGUAGGGAGCCUAAUAGAUGUGUUGCAUCACCUCCACCUGCGCAGUCAAUUGAGCUCAGCAGAACAUGUCCUCAAACUCAAGCGAAAAGAUGCUCGGAGCAAAUUCCUCUCAGCAGUAGGCCUACAUGGGAGCAGUCUAUUUCACCCCCGGCAGUGAGGAGCCCACUACCGCGAGCUCCACCUCUUUUUUGCUCCAACUUCAAAUCUGUUUCUUCACCAAAGCAUGAAGAAAUAGACUAUGCAAUUUCCAAAAAGCCCAUCCACACUGAUAUGUACCUCAAGGGCCCUGCAGAUAAUAACCUUAAAAAACUCAUCUCCACAUCCCCGAAAGUUAUGUAUGAGCACGAGACCUCUGCGCCCCAGACAUGGAGUCGCCCGCCUAAUUCAUCUCUCUCAAGGCUUCACUCGCUUUCUCAACAACUGAGAUCUGCGCCUGUCUGCCCUCCUCGGCUUCAGCCUUCUCAAUCACGCUCACCCGGUGUCACAAUUAUCACAUCACCCCCUGUACAAAACACCACGGCGAGGUGUGAGUCAGGGAGGAGCUGCCCCGAUUCCAAAAGUGCCACAACAUCAGCUGGUUUUCGCAAAGCUCACUGUCUAUCUCCUUCCCGCUACACACCCAUCGCUUUUCCCAGAUGGCCGUCACCCUCCAGCUCCCCCACGCCUACGCCCUCUCCUGCUCCGCCAAUCAGAGACUUCACCUCGUCCCCGUCUCUCUCCAUGCGCUCCACGCCCUCCCCAAGGCCGGGGAGUGGAAUAUCAGACUGCAGUGACAGGGAGGGUAAAAAAAGAAAGACACACAAGAUUAAGUUGAGCUACAAAUCGCUCGCUGCAAUUCCCACAAAUACCCUUCUGUUGGAUCAGCAGGCAAUAGACGAGCAGGUAGAGAGAGAAGAGAGUCCAUGUGACUGGCUGGACAGAGGUGUUGCAGACACCCACGCUGAGAUGCGCUCACCCGCUGAGCUCCGGCAGCAGUCAGAGGAACUUUAUGCAGUAAUUGAUGAGAUAUUGGCAGAUUCCAUUCCAGCAAGCAAAACAUCCGGGUCACAGCAGACCUCCAGGUCAUCGACUCCCAACGCUGGUCCGCAGCACAACAACUCAUCAUUUACAAAAUCCUUGGGACGUGAAACCAAAUAUGCAUCUGUAUGCAGCCUGCAUCCAUCUACCACUGUGGAAAGAAAGCUCAUGAGUCCUAAAAAGACGAAGCCCGGGGUCAUUCGCCCGAUGACAGCCAUUCCACGACUGACAGUCGAGGAGGACGAAGAAUUUCAUCGAAACCCUUUCAGGCCGUUUGUCGUCAAGCAGACCUCGACUCACAACAACAACACGGUGGAAAGUCUGAGUCCUGAAGAGGCAGGGAAAUAUUUUUACACAAGUUCAAAAGGCCAAACGUUGAGAGACGAGAGGAAGCCUGAAAGAAGAGGUCCGAUCUCAGUGUGUGAUCUGCAGAUUACAGAGCCUGACGACCAGACGAGUCCCUCUGGGAAAGAUGCCUCAAGAUCUUUCAGACGCACUGAGGGGCGGAUGGCAGCGUUUGAGACUCAUAUUUAAAGCAUUAAUACCAAA